AUGGCUCUCACACGUGCCAUGCUCACCCUCACAAUGUUACUAGCUCUUGUAGCAAUGUCCAUGGCUCAAGGCCCAGCCCCGGCACCAAAAUAUUUCACCCCCUCCAUGCCGCCGUCGAUCGCCGCCCCACCGACGACCACCAUCGCCUCUCCACCGACAUCUGUGGUGGCACCACCACCAUCAACCACAGAAUCGCCGGCACCUAGUCCCGUUGAAGCUCCUCCUCCCUCCAUCGCCGCCCCACCAACCACCGCAAUGCCCCCGUCCACGGUGGCUACACCACCAACUGCUGCCAGCCCACCUCCUAUGGAAGCAGGCAGCCCAACUAGCCCACCAAGCCCACCAAGCCCACCAGCUGCAAUGGGACCCGGGCCAGUCGCAUCCAGUCCAAACUCAGGUGCUUUUGUUCAUGGGAUUAGCAUGGCCUUGGUGGCAUUCUUGGGUGGAGUUGCGCUAGUCCUUGCUUAG